AUGAAACCUUUACACGACCGCAUAAAACCGUUGAUACAUUUCUGCCACCUCUUUGGUAUGGGGUUUUGUUGUGACGACUUUCAGAUCGUUUAUUUUCUAUUGAUAAUCAUUAAUAUGUCAGUAAGUAUUUACAUAUACUACGAAAUGUUCAUUUUUGUCCAAACACAUCUGUCGGAAAUGUUUGAAUUGUCUACAAUAACGUCUGUGGUUCGACUGCAUAUCCGUUUUUUAGCACAUCCGUUAAUGAUUGUAUUUUUGUAUGUCAAAAAGACGACCAUUAUGAACAACAUAAGGGACUUUGAUGAUCUCGUCCACAGAAUAAAUGAUGUCUCACUGAAGCCGUAUAUGAUACACUUCUUCGGUUGGUUGUCGACCAUCUUGGUCGCGGAACUCAUACAGCUAAUGACAUUUCACUAUCGCACUAAUUUAAGAUUUUUUACGAUCUCUGCCACUGCUCAGUACGUUAUCUCUAACGUGUGGCUUGUCACACCAGUUUUGAUACACAUUUUUCUCAUCUCCUUGGUCUCCCACGGUAUACGAGAAAUCAACAACGACAUAACCUCGAUCAGAGCCUGGAGAACGCACAGCCUCAAAUGGAAAGAGCUCCAACACGUGGGAGUAGUUCUAACUAACUCCGUGUUUGGAAAGAUUAUCAUUAUUUUUAUAAUGUUCACCAUCAUGGAAUUAACCUUUUUCAGUUUUACGAUAUAUUUAAGUUGGAGAAGUAAUCAUCAUAAUGAAAUUGUUGCAUACUUCACAAUCCUGUUUGUUCGGGCUGGAAUGAUGUUUCAACUUUUCCGAACAAGCCAUUGUUGCAAGAUAGAAAAACAGAUGAAACGGACACAAAUACUUUUGAAUAGUGCUGGUAAAACUACAGUGUCAGAUUACAAAGAAUUUCAGUUCACAUCUAUGUACAUGCUGCACACUGAUUUCAGUUUCAUGCCAUGUAAUAUUUUUGACAUUACGUACAGAAAUUUAGUAACUAUAUUCACCAUAAUUGCUGCCUACUCGAUUUUUCAAAUUCAGAUAAAACUAGUUGUUUCAGAUUAA